AUGACCGGACUGCCGGCCACGGGCGGGCGGCGACGAUGGGCCGGCGGGGGGGGCGGACGCGCGCGGGCUAGGGGGGGUGACGGCAGAAUGGCGUCGCGGGGAUGGUGGCACGACGCACGAUGGCGCGGUGCGCUGGCAGAGAGAACGCGGUGCGUUUGCUUCGCGGCAGUGCGGGAGGGGGGCAGCAGACGAAGGCGCUGGAAGGAGGGGUGGAGGGGUCGGGGAUGGUGUGAGAGGGAGAGAGGGAGAGAUGAAGACAGCGGUGCACGAGGUGUUUCGUUGGUUAGGGUCGGGGUAGGUAGCUGGUGGAGUGAAGGGCGUGGGGUGGGGGAGGGGAGGGGGAGGGGGAGGGGUAGGCGGGGUGGAGGCCUGGUAUUUUUGCGGCUUCUUUUCUUGUAUGGGGAGAGGAGCUAG